AUGGCUUCAGAGCAAGAGGCCCAAAUUGUCCUCGAGGCGAAGAAGCUUCCGGUUUCACCGACUACCUACACCUACACUGAGCGCGACGUCAUCCUCUAUAAUCUCGGUAUUGGUGCGACUGAGAAAGACCUCCAGUGGACCUACGAGGGCGACGAUGACUUUUCGGCAAUCCCGACGUUUGGCGUUAUACCUCAAAUGGAUGCAAUGAGCUCUGUUCCAAUGGACUUCCUUCCAAACUUCAAUCCAGCUAAACUUCUCCACGGCGAACAAUAUCUCAGCAUUAAGGCUCCUGUUCCAACGAGCGGAGAGCUCAUAAGCACUGCUCGUCUCCUCGAAGUGCUCGACAAAGGCAAGGCCGCGGCGGUUACCUCUAUCGUUGAAACCCGCGACACGUCCGGGAAACUCAUCUUCGAGAACCAAUCUACUGUUUUCAUCCGGGGGGCUGGGGGCUUUGGCGGUCGACGAAAUGCCAGUGAUCGUGGACCUGCCUCUGCUGCCAACGAUGUCCCGAAACGUGCACCAGACGCGGUUGUCGAGGAGCAAACGAGUGCUUCUCAGGCAGCACUGUACCGUCUGAGCGGGGACCUCAAUCCCCUCCAUAUUCUCCCAGAAUUUGCGGCCAUUGGCGGGUUCAACAAACCUAUUCUACAUGGCCUCUGCUUCAUGGGUAUUUCCGGCAAGCAUGUUUUCCAAAAGUUUGGGGCCUUCCAGGACAUCAAAGUUCGCUUUGCUGGUGUCGUGUACCCAGGCGAAACUCUGGUCACUCAGAUGUGGAAGGAGGGAAACAAAGUCAUCUUCAGCACCAAGGUGAAGGAGCGUGAUUCGGUCGUACUUGCCGCUGCUGCCGCCACACUAGCAACGGGAUCCAAAGCAAAACUCUAG